AGCUGAGAGGGAGAGAGAGAGAAGAGCGGUGGGAGGACACGGUCAGGGCUCCACGUCCUGCUUCUCCUCCUCGGUGCGCACACGGGGGUGGCGAAGAGCCAGGGCGGCGAAGCAGGUUGCUGAAUUCCUCCACCUUUACCCCUGUUUUGUUUCUUCUCUCUUCCCCGGAGCGGACGCAGAACGAAGCCUGGGACUAUGGAGGAUGUGUACCCCUACAGCCGCAGCCCAGUCUGGGAGGAACUGGAGCCGGAGAAAGGGGCCGUGUCGUCCGCCGCGGGGGUGCAUGCCCAUGUGGUGGGCGCUGUCGCCGGCAGCGGGGCGGCGGACGAGUCCUCCGACAGCGAGGCAGAGCAGGAAGGCCCCCAGAAGCUGAUCCGGAAAGUGUCCACCUCUGGACAGAUCAGGAGCAAGACCAGCAUAAAGGAAGGAUUGUUGCUGAAACAGACGAGCUCCUUCCAGAGGUGGAAAAAGCGCUACUUCAAACUGAGAGGCCGAACUCUUUACUACGCCAAAGAUGCCAAGUCUGGCAGCGCCUUGGCGCGGUGGCAGGAGCGGGCGCUGCGCAGGGUGUCCAGGAGCCGCGUGUGCUGGCGAGUCAUGUCUGUGUGCUGGACGGGCGCGCGACGCUCCCCCCCACCCCUUGGUGCCAGUGGAUCUGAGGAGGGCCUAGUGAGAAUUCGGUCCCUUAUCUUCGAUGAGGUGGAUCUAUCAGAUGCCAGUGUUGCAGAGUCCAGCACAAAGAAUGUCAACAACAGCUUCACGGUGAUCACCCCGUUCCGUAGGCUCAUCCUCUGCGCCGAGAACAGGAAAGAGAUGGAGGACUGGAUCAGUUCGCUCAAGUCCGUCCAGUCCAGGGAGCAUUACGAGACGGCACAGUUUAAUGUGGAACAUUUCUCAGGGAUGCACAACUGGUACGCCUGCUCCCACGCACGGCCCACCUUCUGCAACGUCUGUAAAGACAGCUUGUCUGGGGUCACAUCUCAUGGCCUCUCCUGCGAAGUGUGCAAGUUCAAAGCCCACAAACGCUGUGCUGUAAGAGCCACUAACAAUUGCAAAUGGACGACCUUGGCCUCUAUAGGGAAGGACAUCAUUGAAGAUGAGGAUGGGAUUGCCAUGCCUCAUCAGUGGUUGGAGGGCAACCUGCCUGUCAGUGCCAAAUGUGCCGUGUGUGAUAAGACAUGUGGCAGCGUACUAAGGCUGCAGGACUGGCGCUGCCUCUGGUGCAAAGCCAUGGUGCAUACAGCCUGUAUGGACCUGUACCCUCGCAAGUGUCCUCUCGGUCAAUGCAAAGUCUCCAUCAUUCCCCCCACGGCGCUCAACAGCAUCGAUUCAGAUGGCUUCUGGAAGGCCACCUGUCCCCCGUCGUGUGCCAGUCCCCUCCUGGUCUUCGUCAACUCGAAAAGCGGAGACAACCAGGGGGUGAAGUUCCUGCGACGCUUCAAGCAGCUUCUCAACCCGGCCCAAGUCUUCGACCUGGUCAACGGGGGUCCGCACCUCGGCCUGCGUCUGUUCCAGAAGUUUGACAACUUUCGGAUCCUGGUGUGUGGUGGGGACGGCAGCGUGGGAUGGGUCCUGUCAGAGAUAGACAAACUCAACCUCCACAAGCAGUGCCAGCUGGGGGUGUUGCCCCUCGGCACCGGCAACGAUCUGGCCCGAGUGCUGGGCUGGGGCCCUUCGUGCGACGACGACACCCAGCUGCCUCAGAUCCUGGAGAAGCUGGAGCGGGCCAGCACCAAGAUGCUGGACCGCUGGAGCAUCAUGACCUACGAGAUUAAGAUCCCACCCAAACACAGCUGCCCCACCACGCCGGAGGGAGCCGACGACUGCCAGUUUCACAUUUCAGCGUAUGAACACUCAGUGACCACUCACCUCACAAAGAUCCUCAGCUCAGAGCAGCACUCUGUGGUCAUCUCUUCUGCCAAGAUUCUGUGCGAAACUGUGAAGGAUUUUAUUGCCAAAGUGGGGAAAGCAUAUGAAAAAAGCACAGAGAACGUUGAGGAGUGCGACUCGAUGUCUCUCAAAUGUGCCAUCCUGAACGAGAAGCUGGACUCCCUCCUGCAGACGCUGAACGCGGAAUGCCAGUCCCUGCCGCAGCUUCCCCACUGCACCCCUCCGAUUGUGGAAGAAGAACAAGAGGAGGAGGAAGAGGAAGAGGAGGAGGAGGAGGAAGCCAGUGAGGAGAGCCUGACGGAGCUCAAGGGGAAGCUGGAAGAGGAGGAGACGGAGAAGGGGCGGGGGGGCAGCGGGCCCCCUCAGCAGCUGUUUAAAAGCCGGGAGCAGCUGAUGCUCAGGGCCAACAGUCUGAAGAAAGCCGUCCGGCAGAUCAUAGACCAGGCUGUGAGAGUGGUGGACGAGCAGAACGCCCACACGGACGACACGGAGCUCCCGUCGCCGCUGGAGUUCAGGAAGGACAGCGAGGACGAGAACAGGGACAGCGAGAAGGACGAGGACACCAAGGAACUGGAGGCGGUGUCGUCCGCUAGGAGUCCCUGUUCCCCGACAGAGAGCAGAGUGAGCCGCAGCACCCAGUCGUACGGCCCCUUCACCAUCACACCCUUCACCACCAGCAAGGAGAACCUCCCCGUGCUCAACACACGCAUCAUCUGCCCUGGGCUGCGAGCCGGGCUGGCCGCCUCCAUCGCCGGAAGCUCCAUCAUUAGCAAGAUGCUGCUGGCUAACAUCGACCCUUUCGGCGCGACGCCCUUCAUCGACCCCGACCUCGACUCGCUAGAGGGCUACAUGGAGAAGUGUGUCAUGAACAACUACUUUGGCAUUGGCCUGGACGCCAAGAUCUCUCUGGAGUUCAACAACAAGAGAGAGGAGCAUCCAGAGAAAUGCAGGAGUCGUACGAAGAACAUGAUGUGGUAUGGUGUUCUGGGCACCAAAGAGCUGCUGCAAAGAACCUACAAGAACCUGGAGCAAAAAGUGCAGCUGGAGUGUGACGGUCAGUACAUCCCCCUGCCCAGCCUGCAGGGAAUCGCCGUGUUGAACAUCCCCAGCUACGCAGGCGGAACCAACUUCUGGGGCGGCACCAAGGAGGAUGAUAUCUUCUGCGCUCCGUCGUUUGAUGAUAAGAUCCUGGAGGUGGUGGCCGUGUUCGGGAGCAUGCAGAUGGCCGUGUCCAGAGUCAUCAAGCUGCAACAUCAUCGCAUAGCCCAGUGUCGAACGGUGAAGAUCACCAUCCUGGGAGACGAGGGCGUUCCCAUCCAGGUGGACGGCGAGGCCUGGAUCCAGCCGCCCGGAGUUAUCAAGAUCCAGCACAAGAACAGAGCGCAGAUGCUCACCAGAGACCGGGCGUUUGAGAACACACUGAAGUCAUGGGAGGACAAACUGAAGUACGACAAGCCUCCCCUGCGGCCUCACCUCUACCCGCAGCAGUCUGUGGAUCUGGCCACAGAGGAGGAGAACGCCCUGAUGCAGAUGUGCGCCCGGGCGGCCGAAGAGCUCAUCACAAGGAUAUGCGAAGCUGCAAAAACCAACGGGCUUUUGGAGCAGGAGCUGGCUCAUGCUGUUAACGCCGCGUCUCACGCCAUCAACAAAAUGCACCCCAAGUUCCCAGAGAGUCUGACGAGGAACACGGCUAUCGAGGUGGCGAGCACCGUCAAGGCGCUCCACAACGAGACCGAGUCUCUUCUGUUGGGCCGAGUCUCUCUGCAACUAGACCCGCCUGAGGAGGAGCAGCUGUCCAGUGCUUUGCAGAGUCUGGAUGUUGAACUGGGCAAACUGGGAGAAAUCCCCUGGCUCUACCACAUACUGCAGCCCAACGACGAGGAGGACCCCUCUCUGGGUUACGGCAAGAGGAACAGUCGCAGCAGCGUGUUCCGCAUAGUGCCCAAGUUCAAGAAGGAGAAGGCCGCCAAGAAGACGAGCCCUCAGUCAGUGGAGAGGUGGGGCACAGAGGAGGUGGGCGUCUGGCUGGAACAGCUGAGUCUCGGGGAGUACAGAGACACCUUCAUACGGCAUGACAUCCGAGGCUCAGAGCUGCUGCACCUGGAGAGGAGGGACCUAAAGGAUCUGGGGAUAUCGAAGGUGGGUCAUAUGAAGAGAAUCCUCCAGGGAACUAAGGAGCUGGCCAAGGUCUCCAUGGUCGACCUUUAACCUGGAAGCAAUAAUUGCCAGAGACGGGGAAGCCACACAUUCCCCCCUAACGUGGGAGUUUGGGAGCACCUUAGGCAGACAGCGAGAGAGAGGAGACGAGUAUUCAAGUCGAGCCGGCUUUAACUGCUCCGCCAUGAGCGCCUUCGUGACGGUGCGGACGGGACCAGGACGUGCUGGUGUGCCUGCGUGUGUGUGUUUGUGCUGCGGUGCCAACAUGACAGUCCAGAAAGCUGAGGAAAGUUCAAAAUGGAAGUCAAGAAAAUUCAUAGCAACAAAAAAAAAAAGCCAUUUCAGAGUUAAUAACCACUCAAGCACACUAUCAGGUAUGCAAGAAUCCAUAUUAAUAACUAGUUGUCUGAUGAACUAGUAGCAUAAAUAAGACUUCCAUGAGUUCGGGGUUCACUUUUAGUUGGAGUUGAGCUUGAACUGCAGAUGAUUCUUGAGCAUUAAAGCAACCGUCAGGAUUCUGCCGAAGCAGAAAAACAAACAUCUCCAUCUGCCAUCGGGUCGCGGUCGCAUGCUACGCUUGCUAAACUUUUAAGUAUCUUUAACUGCAUGAUUAGUGUCUUGAUUUUUUGGUGUGCAAGAUAACACUUGAAGAAGUUUUACAUGUCUUAUUAAGUAUUACGAUGCCAUUUGUUACUACUGAAACCAAGAUGGUGUGCUUUUUUCCCCUCUCUCGCUCGAUUUAAUUUAUUUUUACUAGCAUGACUAUGACGUGUCAAAGAUUUCUGUCAAGUGCCAUACUUUCGGUUAUUUGUUGUAAAACGUGCUUUACGGCAGUCACCAUAGAAAGAUGAAUGACGAGGUAAGAAUUGGUGGAGUUGUUGUCCGUGGAUGUGAAAACAGAACCAAAGUGAAUGUUGGAGGAAAACCUGAUGAUUUUGUUUCGAGGACCGCGAGGGGUCUCACUUCCGCUCAGACUGGGAUUAACGGUUUCCAAGGAGACGCUGCUGGUCAGGGGCCAGACAAAUAUAUUAUAGGGUUGUUCAGUUUUUUUUUUUGUUUUGCUUUUUUUUGUUAGGAAUACCUUAAAGGCACUUUUCACAUAUUGCUUUAUGCAAGUGCAAAUCCUCAUAUCAUUACAUACAAUAAAAACAACAACAACAAAAAAUCACCUCAACUUUGUAUCUUUUGGCAGUUUUAACUAAUGCAAGAUAGCAAUUAGGUAACCAGUUUUGAAUAUGUAACAAAGCAGUUGAUCUUCUAUUUCCACGUUGAUAGAAACUUUUUCCUGUUAGUUUAUUUAAGGUUGAUGGCAUUACAGGGUAUAUUUCUAGAUGUGAUGCUAGGUUUGUACAUACUUAUGCACUGUACAUACGGUAAACAAGUGGAUGCAAACGAUGUUUGUAAGUGUUGUAGCCUUAUGCAUUUUGUAGUUUUGCUGACUUGGCAUGCUUUCGUGAAGAGCUCCCCCUUUUGGACAAAGUGUGAAACACCUUAAACAGUCGUGCAUUGCUGAUUUUGUUUUGCUCUCUUGUACAUGUUGACUUUGUUGUAAUCUGAUGAUGGUGCAAUAUCGGAUCUCUUGUUUUGUUUCUCUCUCUUAAACUUUGCAAAAUGAUCUCUAUCUAUGGGGGGGAAAACUUCUAAAACGUGUGUUUUUAUUUAUGUUUAUGGUUUUUUGUUUCUAUAUUUUGUUAGUCUGGGAGAAUUUUUAAAGUUCGACCCCACAGCUGUUUCUUACAUGGUCCAGACUUCUUCCAGUGGUUGAUUUGUUUGUAGAUUCGCUCCUUUGUGCUUCCAAGAUGAUACUCUUAAUAAGACUGUCUGUGAAUGGAUUGACUAGGCAGACGUGACUGUUGUGUUAUCACGUAUCAUAAUGUUUGUUUGUGAAUUUGUGUGCACAGACAGUCAGUAGCCUGACAUGCAAGCAGUUGUAUAAGUUCA